AUGUUUAGGAAUCAGUAUGAUCACGACGUUUCAAUAUGGAGUCCACAAGGACGAAUUCAUCAAAUCGAAUAUGCUAUGGAAGCUGUAAAGCAGGGUUCAGCAGCAGUCGCCCUGAAGAAUCAUGACUACGCCAUAAUUGUUGCCCUUAAGAGAGCACCAUCUGAGCUCUCUUCCUACCAAGAAAAAAUCAUUCAAAUAGAUGAUCAUGUUGGGGUAGCGAUCUCGGGUUUAACUGCUGAUGGCCGACUUCUUAGUCGUUCAAUGCGUCGUGAGUGUGCAGAUAGCAGAUGGGCCUACGAUGAGCCAUUACCAAUUUCACGUCUGCUAUUUAAGAUAGCUCUCAAGAUGCAAGUUCCUACUCAGAGAUAUGGUCGACGACCUUUCGGAGUUGGUAUGCUAGUCACUGGUUGUGAUGCCUUGGGACCACAUGUUUACUACCUGUGUCCAUCCUCAAACGCAUACGAUUGCAAAUGCAUAGCCAUUGGUUCUCGCUCUCAAUCAGCUCGUACUUACUUGGAACGACAUUUAGAUGAAUUUAAAGGUUCAUCUUUGGACGAUUUAAUUUGUCAUGGAUUGAAGGCUUUAAACAGCACGUUGCCAAAUGAAGUUAGUUUGAAUAUGAAGAAUUGUUCACUUGCUAUAGUUGGAAAAGACAUGAAAUUCACAAUAUUUGAAGAUGACGAUAUUGAUCCAUAUUUGAAGUUAUUCGAAGCUACUCAAGCGGAUGCACCAACUAUCUCCGAUUCCGAAGUUAAUAAAGCCUAUGUAACUAGUACUCAAUUUUGUAAUUGGCAUUUUUCUCCUUCAGAAUUAGUUAAUCUUCGUUCAGAUUGUAAUACAACUGCUCUUAAACGAUUACAAUCAAUUAAAGAAGUAGAAAUUAAAAAUACCAAUGAAAAUGUAAACAAUACAUUAACUGUUGUUGGAUUAGAUCCUGAUCAAGAAUUUAAAAUUAUUAAACAUUAUGUAUAUUUAAUGAAAAUUUUAUUUGAUAAAUUUACAACACCUCAGUUACCAAAUGAAGUAUAUGGUUUUGCUGCAACCUAUUUUAAACGUUUUUAUCUUAAUCAUUCUGUAAUGGACUUUUAUCCACGUGAUAUAAUGUUAACAUGCUUGUACGUUGCUUGUAAAGCUGCAGAUUUCCCAAUUGGUCUUCAGACUUUCAUUUCGCAUAUCCCUAGAAAUCAAGAGCGAUAUAGUUAUCUGGUUCUCAAUUCUGAACUUUUUUUGAUGGAAUCACUGGGUUAUGAUCUGUGGGUGUAUACACCGUAUCAAGCGUUAACUGGAUUUGUUAUCGACUUAGUAGCAUAUCAGAGACGAAUUUGUGGUGCACGUUCUGAUUCCUAUCUUUUAGAGAAUCGAUCCGAUGCUCAGCUCGUUGAUGAGUUAUGUAAGGACGGUGUAAAUUUAAUAAAUUUAUGGUAUCAAACUGACUUGUGCCUCACAGCUCAUCCAAGUCAGUUCGCUCUUGCUGUCCUAGUGGAACUUGGACAUACUCGGCCUCAGUUGGAUGUAGAAGUUUUCGUCAGAGAUGAACUAUGUGGUUGUGACCCAGUACAAAAGUUUAAACAGCAUUCUGAAGAGGAUGAUGGUGACGAAGGAGACAUAAAACCCAAGAAGGAUACCAAAUGUGACCCUGAAACUCGUUGGCAGGAACUGUCUAGUCGUUUAGAUUUUAUCCGUCAAACAAUCGAUGAAUUUCAGUUUAUUACUGACUUAGGACCUGUUGGUGAAGAAGAAGUAAUUUUAGAUGAAUGUCGAAAUCCCCUGUAUAAUAUUGAAUCUGACGAGUAUGCGCAAGCUAAGUCAAAAGCGGAUAGCCUAAUGGCUACGCUUGAAUAAUAGUAAUA